UGUCCCUCUUCGUCUGCCGUACGCGGAUUCAAGCGUCAUAGCGACAAAAACAUCAAUAAACAGAAUACGUAUGCCACAUAUUUCCAGCACCAGGCUACAGACAGAAGUGCGUUUUCUCUGAAAACAUAAAGGACAUUCACCGUGAGCUUGUUAAACGUGUGUCUGGCCGUGAAUCUGAGGGAAGAAGCGCGUAAAGGAGGCGCAGGCCCAGCGAGUGUGUGAUGAUGGAGUCAUGGGUGAGAUUCAGCGCGCAGAGUCAAGCUAAAGAGCGCGUGUUCAGGGCGGCCCAGUACGCCUGCACACUGCUGGGCUACACGCUGCAGAGAGGAGGAGCGAGAGCAGAGCUGCUGAACACCAUCAAACAGCUGGAAGCUCACAUGAGCCUGACCAGAAAAUUGAUGCGGUUGGGGAACUCGGCUGAAGCUCUGGAAGCAGCCAAACGCAGCAUGCAUCUGUCAGACUGUGUGCUGCGGCUCUGCAUCACAGUGGCCCAUCUGAACAGAGCUAUGUAUUUUGCCUGUGAUAACGUACUGUGGGCCGGCAAAACAGGACUGCUGCCCGAACUGGACCAGAACAAAUGGAGCCAGAGGUCCUUUAGAUACUACUUGUUUGCACUCAUCCUCAAUCUGACCCGAGACGUGUAUGAAAUCCAUCUGCUGAUGGAGAGAGAGUCCCGCAGCAGUGCAGCUAAGAGCGUUAGCUCCAGUCCGUCUCCUCUCACGCCGAGCCCAGAGAUGGGAGGAGAGUUCCCUCUGAACCCGUCGCCCUCCUCAGCGCUGUCUCCUCUCCCCAUGAUCUCAGCCGGACUCAACAAGCAGCUCCAGCUGCUGAUCACGGUGCUGCGCAGCAACCCUCCGCUGCUCCUGGACCUGCUGAAGAACCUGUGUGACGUAUUCAUCCCGCUGGACCGGCUGGGCCUGUACCCCACCGGCUCGGGCUUUGUGGGGGCCUGCGGCCUCACCUCCUCCGUUCUGUCCAUCCUCACUAUAGUUCACCCCUGGCUCAAACUCAAGCCCUGAGUCCCAGGGUGAGAACCGCCUGUCCUGUGGCUGUAUUUCUGAGGAGAAUGUCUCCUGAGCUUGUGUAGAGAGUGGAACGGAGAAUGUUUGCUCUUUAUUCCAGUUUAAUUGACCUGAUCUGAUUGAAAACAAACAAAAGCUCUGUUUAACAGUAAUUUAAGUCUGUAAGCCAAUCUCUUAUUAUUUUGCUUUCUAGGCUCAUUUUGAGGUAAAAAUAUGUGCUUUCUGCAAAUGUAAUUGUCCAAGUCUGUUUGUUUAAUUCAUUGUUUUUUUAAAAGUCUGAAGUCUGAAAAUGUCCUAGUCUGGCCACAUUUUAAGAUUGUCCUCUCAUGUUACCCCAUAUAAUGCUGUAGUUUUCAGAAUGGGGGGAGUUCAAGUGCUUUUGCAGUUCAGCACAGGGCUACUGGUAAACUUACUUUAUAAUCAUAGUUUUCUCCUGAUGGUGAAAAUGUCAGGGUUAAAUUUCACCCUAAAAGCAAUGGGAAAAACUACAUAAAUGAAAUCUACAACAAAUAUGAGACAUUUAUAAAUAAUUGUAUUUUAGUAAUAAUAAUAUAGCUUUACUAGAUUCAAAAUGUCAAAGCACACGCACAU